UGUCGUCACUUGAUAAAUAUGAUGUGAUGUCAUGAUUAGGGGAGUAAACAUUUGAAUACACGUAGUUUUCCGUGAAACAACGAGCUUUUUAUACUCUGAGAAGAAAUACACAAGCGAUAAAGAAUUCUUAUUUUUUUUCAUCUUAAUUUUGCCGAGAAGUUCAAUGAAUCGAUGUUCCGACUGAAGUAUUAUUCCUUCAGUGACAAACUUGGAUGGCGCUUGUCUGGCGUUACGGCUUUAAUAUUUCUUCUGUUGGGUUCCAUAAGUUUUGGUUAUGGAAUUAAACUAAUGGAAUAUGCUGAAAAGAAGGACGUUACACCGAUAUUCUCAGCUAUACCGAUGCUGAUCAGUGGUAUACUAGGAGCUGGCGUUGCAUUGGCCAGAAAGAAAUUYAUUGUGGCGUGCUACGCUAUAUCGUCUACAAUAGUUUUAAUGUUAUCUAUCCACAUGAACUAUCGAUUCAUGUUCAAGGAAUACUCGUUAUUGCCGCUGUACAGAAGACAGUGUCAGACAGAAGCCCAUACGUCUGAAAGCCAACAUUUCUGCCAGCAUUACACUGGAACAGUCAUGCUUUGCUGCGUUUCCGUAUCUAUGAUACCUGUAGCUCUUGGCUCUGUUUUGGCGUGCCUUAYUGACCAAAAGGCAUUGAACAAAAAGAACCUUUAUUUACCAUGGUUCACGUUUUCUAAGGUUGAGCCGUCAGACACCAACAGAAAAAUACGAGAAAACUCAAACAACAAUAAAUUGAUGACAUUUGUCAAGUACAAGCGAUCUGAGCGUAUCGUGGGAGAGAUUCCCGAAACUCAUCCCUCCAAUGAAUACAUCCCUGACAUUCCUGAUUUUAUGGAGUUGGCUAUCCCUAGUUCUGCUAGUCCAGCGUACAAGGCGUACGUGGCUAACGGAUUUGGAGAAUCAUUCAAGAAUGCUUAUAGCAAGUCACUAAAUGACUUGGAUACCAACGCAAUUGAAAGAUUGUACUUAAAAGAUGGUAUAAAAAGUGUUAGUAAUGAUUUGCUAAUAACAAAGAAUAAACCAGAUGGAAGAUCAGAUGUGAACCUGAGGUUUGUUGACGAGGAUUUCUUUAAUCAGAAAAACAGAAAAAACAUGAGCAGUGUACAAUAUUAUGACAAUGCAGCAGAAGACUGGAUUCAAAAUAUAGUUGAUAAUCAUACCUGUAGAAGUCGUCUACAUGGAGUUAGUGACGAAGAAGACUUAGAUAGUAAUAGCGAGCUUUUACUAGACUCAACCACAAAGCCUUUUCUUUCCACACACAAAAACCCAGCUAAAGAUGGCUCGGAAAUUAUUGAAGAUUUAAACAAUAAGAAUUUAUCUGUUUCGGUAACUUUACUUGAUAAUGAAGAAAAGAUAAAUGACACAGUAAAAGGGCUUGGUAAUCCGGACUCUCCUCUAAAUGAUCACAACCAAGAGUUUUUUUCUCAAGAAAAGAACCAAUAUGAUGGAUUUUCCAAAAGUAAAAGAAUCAACGUUGCAAUAAACCCUAGAGAUCUUCACCCUGAGCUUGUUAAAGAAAUUGAUGGCACAAAAUUGUCCGACUGGACAACGCUUGUCAAGUCUGAUAUGAUCCGAGAGGAUUUCUCACAAGACAUAACUCCACCUGGUUUGAUAACUCCAGUGACUGGGCGUUCUUUGCCUGGCGGACAGCUGCACUUUGAGUUUGAUAAAGUUUCUAGUACUUAUAGUGAUAAUAAUAUGUCGAUGGUGGCUGCCCCUGGCCAUGCUCGUAAAUUCUGGAUCGAAUUUGAAGUCCAAGGAGAUUAAGAUUAUUAGGGCAAAAAGAGUAGUAAAAAUGACAGAAUGAAUACAAUAAAAGUUAACACCUGUAUUUAAGACCUGCUAGUCUUCCGUAAAUGAUAUCAAAAAGUAACAUUGUUUAUAAUUUAUUCUAAAAUAUUUAAAAAGAAAGUAAAGUCCAUGCACUUUCAAUUGAACUGUUUUGAAAAACUGAACAUAAAUGCAAUGGUACUGUUAGGCCUUCCUGUAUGGAUGAAUAUAAUGGUUAAAAUUUUACUAUGAAAUUAUAUUUCUAAUGUAUUGAAAUGAAUUUCUAAUACAAAAAUUCAAAAAAUAAAUGGUGUCACAUUCUGUG